UAAGACAGAUUCUCGAAAUAAUUGAUUGUUAUAUAAGAGUGAUGGGAUUGUAAGCAACGAUAAAACUAUUAAACCAAAUCAAAUUGUGAAAACAAAUAUAAAAAUACUGCAGUUAUUUUGUCACGUAAUACAGCUGUUUCGGUCAACAUUAAUUCUAUGUCCAUGUGCUACGCGUAUCUGUCAAUUAUUAUAAACGUCAAUACUCUACAAUAAAUUAAGUGAUUCUGUCAUCUGUGUUUACUAUUUGCUUGUGUCACACUUGCUCACGUUACCUUAACCGUGUGUUAAACAUUUUAAUUACAUCGUAAAAGGCAAUGUCAAAUCAAGGUACUUACGCUAAAGCUGCAAUAGCGUCAGCCGGCGUUAUCGGUGGCGCAUACGCAGCUUAUCAGCUGUAUAAAGAGUUACAAAAACCAAGUUUACCCGAAGAAUGGACUCAAGUUGGAACCCUUAAAAAUAUUUAUGCAUACCCAAUAAAAUCGUGUGGUUCGAUUGCUUUAAAUACUGGAGAAUGUAGUCUGCUAGGUUUGAAGAAUGGUUGGUUAAGAGAUAGAGUGUUGAUGGUGGUAGAUGACAAGAACAACUUCAUAACAGCAAGAGCCUUUCCAGAACUUCUAUUAGUUCAACCGUCGAUCACGAAUUCAAUUCUCACUUUAAACCAUCGUGAUAUGGAACCGGUAUCUGUGAAUUUAGCUGAGGUGAUAGCCUUACAACCCCAGAAGAACGCUACAGUAUGGUCGGUCUCUGUGCCAGUACAUGACUGUGGCUGGGAAGCUGCCGAGUGGUUUUCAAGGCUAUUAGAUAAAUCAACUACUAACUACAGGCUCGUGUAUUACGCAUCUCAAAAUAGCCGCAAUUUAAGAAGCACUACAAAUAAAAUUUACAAGUUUACGAAAAACGAUACGGGUGCCCUACCAGAUGAAGUUCCCUUUAAUUUAAUAAACGAGGCCUCUGUGGAAGAACUGAAUGGAAGAUUAAAGGACUGCCAAGUGACGCAUCGUAAUUUUAGAGCCAACUUCGUGUUAGACGGCGCUAAAGCUUUUCAGGAAGACCAGUGGAAGUUCGUCAAAAUAGGAGAUAAUAUAUUUGAAAUCAUAAAACCUUGUACGAGAUGUGUUUUGACUACCAUUGACCCAGAAACUGGAGUACGCCACACAAAAGCGGAGCCAUUGGAAACAUUAAAAAGCUACCGUCAAAUAGAAGAUCCUGAAGUACGCAAAACGGCCGGUAACUCACCGCGUAUGGGAAUACAGAUGGCGCUGCGCUCUGGUGGUGGCGGACUUGUGUCUCUGAACGACCCCAUUUAUGUUGCCUAAUGUCAUAUUUUAUCAUGUAUUACAUUUUAGAUACUUUUGGACAUUUACCAUAAUUAUUCAACUUUGUUUGUUUAAAUUUAACAUAGUUAACUAAUUUGUAAUUUAAUGUAUAAAUUGAUUAUCUAUUUUUAUUAUUAAAGUCAAGUAAAUUAAAAAGUUAAAUAUUUAUCAAACAAUUUGUUUAAUUCGUAACCGAUUUCUAAUAAGGUGAUGUUCUAAAUUUAAAAUUUAAUUAUCUUUGUAUAACACAUGUUUGCACACAAAUUUCCCAGACACUAAGUCAUCAAGACCCUCGAUUUGAAUAUGAAUUAUACUACCUCUGAGGAACAUUCAAAUCCAAAUUGGUUUAUUACCUUACGCAUGGAGGAGUUAUAUAUUUAUAUUAUAAGGGUAUGAUAGGCAAUG